CCCCCCCCGCCAGCUGAUCGUGCACUGGUCGACCAGUGUCUCGCAUUCCACGGGUGGCACUUGAGCUUAAUCCUCGCUUUCUCGCCCUUGUGAACUCUGACAUAGAAUUGAUCUUCCCCCUUUGUCAAUGAAUGUUCUCAGUGUUCCAUUGAACCUUAUCUGUUCGUUCCAUACCUCCUAGACUGCUGAUUCUAGGCGAUCGGUACUAGAACCACAUCGAACACUGGCCAUUAGCAGGUCGUGAGUCCAAGCACAGCCAAAAUGGAAGGCCUCGUAGACCCAGAGACAAUUUACAUGAAGCAGAAUUGCAUCGGUGGCGGAAGUUUUGGGAAAGUGUAUAAAGGGGUCGAUAAACGUAACGGAGCAUCUGUUGCGAUCAAAAUCAUCGACGUCGAGAAUGCCGAAGAUGAGGUUGAAGAUAUCAUCCAAGAGAUUGCUAUCUUGUCGGAGCUCAAUUCGCCCUACGUGACCAGGUAUCAUGGCUCGUUCUUGAAAGGGUCUAGCUUGUGGAUCGUUAUGGAGUUCUGCUCCGGUGGUAGUUGCUCGGAUUUGAUGCGCCCCGGCACCAUUCCCGAGGAGUAUAUUAUGAUAAUUCUCCGAGAGUUGCUCCGGGGAUUAGACUACUUGCAUAGCGACAAGAAGCUACAUCGUGAUGUCAAAGCUGCCAAUAUCCUUCUCACUUCUAGUGGCCAGGUGAAGCUCGCAGACUUUGGUGUUUCGAGUCAGUUAUCAGCAACUAUGACUAAGAAAAACACCUUUGUGGGGACACCAUUCUGGAUGGCACCAGAGGUGAUCAAACAGUCGGGCUAUGAUUAUAAGGCCGAUAUCUGGUCUCUUGGAAUAACUGCAAUUGAGUUGGCGAAUGGAGAGCCACCUUACUCGGAUAUUCAUCCUAUGAAGGUUCUGUUCUUGAUUCCUAAAAAUCCUCCCCCAACCUUGCACGGGGACUACAGCAGAGCUUUCAAGAACUUCGUGGAACUUUGCCUGCGGAGGGAUCCGCGGGAGCGACCUUCAGCCCGAGAAUUGUUGGAGCAUCCAUUCAUCAAAAGGGCGAAGAAGACAACAUACCUAACGGAAUUGAUUGAACGCUACGAGCGCUGGAAUACUAUUCAUGGAAAUAAAUCGACAGAUGACGACGAGGAUAACUAUCAAGAACCUCCAUCCAAGACCAGCCCUGUCGACGAAGAAGACGAUCUCUGGGACUUUGGCACUGUCCGCCCUGCUGGGGGACGAGCUCCUGCGCUGAAGCCCAUGAAAGAAGCCGACGUGAAUGCACGAGCUCAUGAUAUCGCUGAACAAAACCUGAAGGCAAGCAGUCGUAUGGAAUUUGCACGCAAUAAAAUCAAUCCUCCUACUGUGCCGAUGCCGCCACCGCGUACUCCAGGCGCUGCAUCCGUACCAUCCUCACCCUCUAAAAUUCCUUUGCCGCCAUCUCCUAUGAAGUCUUCAGCAUCAGAGUUCAGGCCACAUACACCUUCAUAUCUAAAAGAGCCAGCUACGCGCCUGCCUAAAGAAAGCCCCGGCAAUGAAUACGAUAGAGCUCUACAGCAAGCUUUAGCCGAAGACUUGAGUUUCCUCAACCUCGACCAGUCACCAAGUAUUUCCCUAGCCUCCUCAAACAGCCGCCACGAUACUCAUGCAACACAGGGCUGUGAGAGAACGCAACCAUCACAAUGCACAGAGCAUGCACUCUUUCAGAGACAUAGCCCCUCUCGCGCUGUUCCUGGCCCUUCAUCCAGUCAGGGAUCCAGACCUGCAGCAGAAUCCAGCCCACAUCGUCAGCUUUUCGCGCCGCCGCAACCACUGCCUCGGCCUCCCCCUACUCCUAGGCACAUGUCGCCGCAGUCGCCAUCAUUCCGAUCUCAGCAAGUGCUCGCGCAAAACAACACACCUACCCCAGUGAAGCAUAGUCGAAGUCAGUCUCACAUCGCGAUAGAAAGCUCCUUUGACAGCGCUGCACGGGCAGCAAGUAAUCAACCAUCACAGUCCUCGUCGACCGAAAUUACCGCCUUGAACAGUGUGAUAUUACCUGCUCUCGAAGCCGCCAUACGUCGUCGGGCACGGCGCUUGGAACUUCUUACUCACAACUCCGCUGGCAAUAAGAGCACCGAUGCUUACAAACAGCAGGCGCGUCAGUACCACGCGCACGAGAUGAUGGAGUCUCUUGUGGGCGAUCUGUGCGGGAUGUUCACAAGACUUGAACGUUGGGAUAAUGAGGCCCCUGUGGGAAUGGGCGCCCAAGUCUCGUCGUUCUUAGAGGGGUUUCUCGAAGAGAUUCUUGUUCGGAUUGAGCCAUCCGACGAUGAUUCGAACUCAAGCGGGGCUUAAUUGUUGUCUUCUUGGGGCAACGAUGCGGUCCGCUACUGGAAUUUAGGCCUCUCUAGUGAUGAUAACGAGUUUCCCUCCACACAUAUUCGCUCGCAACCUCAUCUGUCCCAACAAGCCUGGCAGAUCUCUACCGUUGGACCACUUUCCAUGAAUCCAAUGCCUGGUGUUCUCGUUGAUAAGAGACUUGCGCAUUCAAGACCCCUGGACUACACUUUUUAUCUAGUCAUGUCACCUUGGCAUGUCUUCCUGUUGGAGUCAAUACUUUCUCGUUCUGUUCAAUGUAUGCAUGACGUUUCUAUCUACCUUGGGCUGGAACCUUUGUUAUUCCCAUCAUGAUUAUUAAGAAGGAACUGGAUCUUUUCAAAGUCAAGCAGGCUCCUGACUUUGUUCGCCUCCUCUAUUUGUUUUUCAAGUUCGCUUUUGUGUUUGGGUAAGAAGUUCUCAAGUCUUCCUCUCCCUUUUCUUUUCUUCUGUGGCUAUGUUUUCUUAGGUUAAGAUUG